AGCUACAAAAUUACAAUACCCUACAUUUCAUCUAUAAAAAGACAUUAAUCUUAUAACUUGAAGACCACACUUGUGAUAUCUUCUCUCUUUUGAGCAAUGGCAAGAAAAAUGUGCAUUGUUAUACUCUUCCUAGUUCAAAUGCUACUUCUUCCUCUACAAAACCAUGCAGAGAUUGUUGUAUCCACUGUUGAGGUUCCAGCUCCACAACCUAGCAAAAACAGUAACACUACUCAAUUUCCCAAUCAAGGCAUAACUGAAGGAAGUCUUCAACCACAAGAAUGUGGUCCACGUUGCACUGAUAGAUGCUCAAACACACAAUACAAGAAACCAUGUUUGUUCUUCUGUCAAAAAUGUUGUGCUAAAUGUUUGUGUGUGCCUCCUGGAACUUAUGGAAAUAAGCAGGUUUGUCCUUGCUACAACAAUUGGAAGACCAAAAGAGGAGGACCCAAGUGCCCUUAAAAGUUGUAAUAUUAUCAAUCAAGUCUCUUAAAAAUAUGUGUUACUAGUUACUACCACUCAAUGUAUGUACAAGCACUAUAAUAUGUAUCCAUGAUAUAUAAAAAAACCUUAAUUUAA